CACCCAACUUGGGAAAUUGGCUGCAUUGCCUCCCUACUUCAUUACUGCCCUUUCCUUUUCUCCAAAUCUCCUAAUGAUCUCUCGUGCUCGCGUCCACCAUGCAGGGGUAGUCUAGUCCAUGGAGAACCUAACCAGAGCAUAGUGAUAUCUCCGUGCUCGUCCCUCUCGGUAUCGUCGCUUGGGAAGUAAUCCAUUGGGGAAUUGUUUGGUGACCUACCCAUCUCUCCCCUCUCUCCCUAUAUAUAUAUAUAUAUAUAUAUAUAUAUAUAUAUAUAUAUAUAUAUUGGCGCUUUGGUGGAUUUCUGGCGCUCUAGAUCGGUGUGGGGAUUGGUAGGAUCGAAUUGGAGGUGCUGUUUUCCACCUUGAAAGAUGGCUAGGAAGAAGAUCAGAGAGUACGAUUCGAAGAGGUUGCUGAAGCAACACUUGAAGAAGAUCGCCGGGAUUGAUUUGGAGAUACGCUCAGCGCAGGUCACAGAGUCAACGGAUUUCACCGAGUUAACCGACAGAGAGCCAUGGCUUUCGUCAACCAAGCUAGUGGUGAAGCCGGACAUGCUGUUUGGAAAGCGUGGGAAGAGUGGACUGGUUGCACUGAACCUUGAUCUAGCUCAGGUGUCUGCAUUCGUGAAACAACGUCUAGGAAAAGAGGUUGAAAUGGGUGGGUGCAAAGCUCCAAUUACCACCUUCAUCGUGGAACCUUUCGUUCCUCACAGUCAGGAGUUCUAUCUGUCAAUUGUCUCUGAAAGACUGGGAUGUACCGUUAGUUUCUCCGAGUGCGGUGGGAUUGAAAUUGAAGAUAACUGGGACAAGGUGAAAACUGUAUUUCUACCAACUGACAAAUCUCUCACACCAGAGGCAUCUGCACCACUGAUUGCCACACUUCCUUUGGAGAUUCGAGGAAAAAUUGGAGAUUUCAUAAGAGCUGUUUUUGCAGUAUUUCAGGACCUCGACUUCACCUUCCUAGAAAUGAACCCAUUCACUUUGGUGAAUGGAGAGCCUUAUCCAUUGGAUAUGCGUGGAGAGUUGGAUGACACUGCUGCAUUUAAGAACUUCAACAAAUGGGGAGAUAUAGAGUUCCCAUUGCCUUUCGGUAGAGUGUUGAGUCCAACUGAAAGCUUUGUGCAUGGUUUGGAUGAGAAGACAAGUGCCUCGCUGAAAUUCACAGUUCUGAACCCAAAAGGGCGCAUCUGGACUAUGGUGGCUGGAGGUGGUGCAAGUGUCAUAUAUGCCGAUACUGUCGGAGACUUGGGCUACGCAUCUGAACUUGGCAAUUAUGCUGAAUACAGUGGUGCCCCGAAUGAAGAAGAGGUGUUGCAAUAUGCAAGAGUUGUUCUUGAUUGUGCUACUGCCGAUCCUGAUGGACGUAAACGGGCUCUUAUAAUUGGAGGCGGCAUUGCUAAUUUCACUGAUGUUGCUGCCACAUUUAAUGGCAUCAUUCGUGCUCUAAGGGAGAAGGAAUCAAAGUUAAAAGCCUCAAGAAUGCACAUUUAUGUUCGCAGAGGUGGCCCGAAUUAUCAGAUUGGGUUGGCUAAAAUGCGGGCUCUGGGUGAAGAACUUGGAGUUCCCCUUGAGGUAUAUGGGCCAGAAGCCACAAUGACUGGAAUCUGCAAACGAGCAAUUGACUGUGUCAUGUCAGCUGCGUGACAGUUUCUACAAUUUUUUGCUUUCCCCUAUUCAGUGUGGCAUAACUUUUUUCUUGUUGUGGAAAAUCUGGUACUCUGAUCAUUUUUAAUUGCCAAAAAAACUGAGAGAGGCGUCGAGUUGGGCUUAAAAUUCUACUCAUUUUGGUAAAAAUCUGCUCUUUCUAUAAUCAUAAGGGGUUUGCUCUUCAAGUUUUCCCUGUAAUAAUGUAAGAGAUGACCUUCUUCUUUAAUGGAGGCUAGUUAUUGGUGCU